AUGUCAGAUAAAACAAGUUCCUGUGAUUCAUCUGAUUUCUCUGAUGGUUAUCCAACAACAACGACAAUUAGUACAGUUGCAUUACAAGCUGGUAAUGCACGUAUUGUACUUGCUGUAUUACGUUGUGGAAGUUGGAUACGUGUUCGAAUUCAACGUAUGGAGCCAGAUCUUUAUGAUAUUGGUGCAAAUGCUGAUGAAGCUCGUUCAUUACACGAAAUACAUCAACAUUUAUGUACUAAAUUAGCGUCGAAACAAGAACAAAUAUCAGAACUUUUAUCAAAAGCUGAUGAUUUGGUUACACAACAAACUUCAGAUAACCAAAGUCAAGUGUAUGCAGCAAUGGCUGAAUCAUUAAACCGUGCUUGGCGUGAUUUACUCGGUAUAUUAACUCAACGUGGAAGAUUAUUAGAUUUAGCCAUGGAAUGCUUUAAUUCAGCUGACAAUGUAAUUCAACAAGCUGAAAGAGUUGAACAUUUAUGCAUUACUGGUAGUUGGGGUCAUGAUAUCAGUUCAGUUCGUCGUUUAAUUGAAGAACAUGAAAAUCUAAAACGUACUGGUUUACUAGAACCAUCUCAUAAUCUCCUGAAUUCAGCUAAUAAUUUAUUAGAACUACUUGGUCGUAUGUCAAGCCAAACUGGCAGUUCAACUUCUACAUCAAACACUGGUCCUAGACAUGCAAGUGUUGUAGCACGUGAACACGUAGCUGCAAUUACUUCAAAAGCUGGAAUGACUAGAAGACAUGCAGAAGAUAUUUGGAAUCGUCGUGAUCAUCUACUUCAAUUAAGAUUAACUGUUGUUUCUAUGGAAGCAGAAUUAGAACGUAUUGUUGAUUGGUUUGUAAAGACUGGUGAACCACGUUUCUCAGACUUACAAGUUGGAACAAGUUUAUCUGAAUGUCAAACUAAUUUAGAUAGACUGAUGACAUUAGCAGACGAAGUACGUGAUUUACAAAGUGCUCAUUCACAUUUAACUCAAAAUCUUCAUCAAGCAACAACUACCGAUUCUUGGCGUAGAAAACGUGAAAAAAGUGUAUCUGAAAUAUUACGUGCACAAGAACAAGAAUUAGGAAUUCAUUCUACAUCAUUAAGUAUGGAUGUAGAUAAUGAAAAUGAAUUGAAAAGUAUUCAUGAUUCCGAUACAUGGCGUGUUACACAUGGUGCAUAUUCUGAAUUAAUUACACGAUUAAGAACUACUGAAUCCCAAAUCUAUCAGCUUGAAUCCGAUAUGAAAAGGACACGAGAUCUUCAGCAAACUGGAUUAGAGGAAAUUUAUUAUAAUAAAUUAACUGAUCUAGAAGUACGAGUACCUGGAUUAAAACAAACAAUGAAUGAGUUAAGAACAAGUUAUAAUGAAAAAAUUAGGCCAUCUAAUUUAAGAUCACAACUUGGUGUGACAACCCAAUCUUACAUUGAUGAAUUGGAUCUCACUACAAUAGCAUCAGCUUCAGUUACCGGAAAAAUGCGUGAAGUUGAAGAAGGUAUUACUAGAUGCCGAGAUCUGCUGAACCAACAUAAAGAAUUAACUAUUAAAGUACAGAAACGUGAAGAAACAGAAUUUCGGUUGAAUGAACUGAGCAUGUGGUUAAGUCAAAGGAUUCACCGUUCGCUCGUGGAAUAUGGAAAGUAUGGCACAACAGUCGAACAAGUAGCAGAUUUUGAAGAUGUACAUCGGCGUCUUCAACGUGAGCUGCAAUCUAGAGAACCUAAGUUAGAAGAAUUAAGAAUUGCGAUUAGUCGACUAUCCCCACCUGCUGGUAGAUCGAGCUCACAGAAGUGA